UGGGUGUGUCACUAAAAGUCACAGCAAAAAUUUAUAAGGGAUUAUUUUUUAUAGUGAUCUAGAUCUGCUCUCAAGAUGCGAGUCCUCCUGUUAGCGUUCUUUGUAACCUGCUGCAGUCUCCAUGCAGUGACUGGCAUGUCCUCGGGUCCACCUCUCAGUCCCAGUGCCAAUGAAGCCCUGGUAUGCCAGCAGAUGACCCCAAACCGUAACAACCAUGGUGACCCUCAAUCUGGAGAUGGUGGAUACAGACUGGAGAUAUCUCCUACAAUGGCAACAGCUACCAAUGGAUUCACUUACGAGACUGGCACUGUUUACACGAUUCGUCUAUUUGGAAAUAGCAUCCGUGGUUUCCUAGUCCAAGCCAGAAUGCCUGGUGACACUCCUAGUGUUGGAGUAGAUCCAAUGCUACUGGGUUCCUUCCAGACUGUCAGCGGUCAACAAACACUGGCCUGUGAUCUAAUGGCAGGAGCAGCUAAUGAGGCUACCAUUGCCCACUCCCAAAAUCAAGCUGAUGCCACCUCAGUGCAGUUCACCUGGACAGCCCCCAUGACUGCAGGGGAUGUGGACUUUUACUACACUGUUGUUCGUGUUCAGGCCAUGCAUUACGAUGCCAUUAGUGCAAGUCUAGUGGGAGUGACAACACCAGCUCCCACCACCAUGCCUCCUCCCACCACCAUGGCUCCUCCCAUCGACCUCCCUGCUGGGACAACCACUGCUCCCGUACGAUCACCUGACGAGUACAGAUUUGUUCGCUCCCACCCUGAGGGCUGCUCUCGUGCUGACUGCAACGUGUUCAUUGGUAUAGACACCAACACUGGAGAUGAUGGAUUCCUGGAUAUCUAUAUGGAGGGCACAGCUGCAGGAUGGGUGGCUGUGGGAUUCAGUGAAACUCGUAGUAUGUUUUCAGCGGAUGUGGUGGCCUGCAACAGAGUGGAUGGUGACAUUGUGGCCAUUGAUGGUUGGAACCUCCCCGCUGGUACAAGAAACAACACCCGAGACACUCUUCAAGACGUAACCCUCUACACUUCAAGCUAUAAUGCUACUAACACAAGGCUUUCUUGCACUGUAUCCAAGAGGAUUGCUCUGAAUGGAGCGGGGGAGGACCUGGACCUGUCAACUGACCUCUAUGUACUCUACGCUCGUCGUAUCACCGUGUCGACAUCACUCGAUUCCCUUCAAAGUCAUGCUGUAAAUCCUGCUCAGCCAUCCACUAGAGCUCCCAGUGCUGUCCGUUACACUGUCACCACUGCCUCUACUAGCGCUAUUCCUACCAUGGCUCCUGUGAGAGCUCCUGAAGAGUACCGCCUGCAGAUACUCAGUCCCACCGGUUGCUCUCGUGCUGAUUGUGAUCUGUUCAUUGGUAUAGACACCAACACUGGAGAUGAUGGAUUCCUGGAUAUCUAUAUGGAGGGCACAGCUGCAGGAUGGGUGGCUGUGGGAUUCAGUGACUCUGCUAACAUGUUUAAUGCUGACGUGGUGACUUGUGUGAGAAACAGCACGGAUGAUAUGAUCAGCGCAUGGGAUGCUUGGAACCCUCAAGGGCCAGGGAGAAGCAACAGCAUAGACACUGUACAGGACGUCGGGUUAUUCAAUGGCUCUUUCGUCAAUGGAAGGAUUUCUUGCACUGUGUCCAAGCGUAUUGUUCCAUCGAACUCAGAGGAUUUAAAUUUGGAUGACAGUCUGUAUGUGAUAUUUGCUCGUCGCACAGCUGACAACACUUUGGCUAACGGUAUUAUGUCCCACUCCGGGAAUGGUGCCAGUGCCGUAUCCAACGCCCGUUCCUCUCCUGCUAACUCCAGGGGAGUUGUCGGAGAGUCUGUCCACACGGGUAACCUGAUCCGUGCUCACGGCAUCUUCAUGAUUAUUGCAUGGCCUCUGCUGGCUACAAUUGGCAUCUUCUUUGCAACGUUUAUGCGCCCGGCUCUGCCUAAUGGAGAGUGGUUUCAAGUCCAUCGAGUGCUCAUGCUGAUCUCACUGGUCAUAACGCUAAUCGGCUUUAUUCUCAUCUUUGUAGGAUUGAUGGGACCCGUGAACACGAGUGGGAAUCUGAACUUAGCUCACAUGAUUAUUGGCAUCGUCAUAGUGGCCUUUCAAAUCACCAAUCCUAUCCUUGCCCUUUUUCGCUGCAAACCGGACAACAAGAGACGUUGGAUCUUCAACAUGGUACAUGGACACAUGAUUGGGUUCUGGUCACAAACCUUGGCUCUUAUGAACUGUGCCUUUGGCCUCUCUAUCUUCACAAGAGACCGCAGUUCAACCUUUGGUCCCCCCACCCCCAACCAAGUUCCACUCUGGGUGUUUAUAGCGUGGAUUGUGUUCCAGGUUAUAAUCCUUGUCGGCGGUGCCAUCUUCUUCUCAGUGUAUGCUUGCAAGACCAAACAGAGCAAUUGUGCUCACAGUUCUGUCAGAGGGUUCAUCCGUGAGGACAAGAGUCAGGCAAUGGAGAUGACCUCACCGGGAGACAAAGAGAAGGAAGUAGAGGGCGAACCAGAACGCAAGACCCCCUCCAAAGAUUCCCCCCUCCGUUGGGGAGCGUUCAUUGUCUACGUGGGCGUGUCUGUGCCGAUGCUGUUGGCUGUGAUCGUCAUGGUGGCCUUCCCUUAGAGCAACCUGUGAACAAACAAACAGUAGCAGUUAGAACAAAGAGUAGUUAGCAUAAAACUACCGAGAUGACUGUUCAGUAUUGUAUUAUAAUUAUGGCGAGGGCGGCUAUAAUAAGGAGAAACUA